GACACCAGGGUGGUGGUGCCCAGUCCAUCAUAGGUCACCGUGGAGCUCAUAUCACAGUACUGACAGAAUCCAUAUUUGGAGAAUUACAUAAGGUUUGAAAGAGAGGAUAGUGAAAGGAUAUGAAUUCCUAAAACGUUUAAUCUGGCCUUUUGUUUGAACAGAAGAGAAAUUGAAACCAAAUGAAAUAAAAUACUUGUUAGAAAGAAUACUGCCAAUAACAUAGCAAAUGAAAUUCUUCCUGCUGCUUUCCCUCAUUGGAUUCUGCUGGGCCCAAUAUGACCCACAUACUCAAUAUGGACGAACUGCUAUUGUUCACUUGUUUGAGUGGCGCUGGGUUGAUAUUGCUAAGGAAUGUGAGAGAUACUUAGCUCCUAAUGGAUUUGCAGGGGUGCAGGUCUCUCCACCCAAUGAAAACAUCGUAGUCCACAGCCCUCCAAGACCAUGGUGGGAAAGAUAUCAACCAAUUAGCUACAAAAUAUGCUCCAGGUCUGGAAAUGAAGAUGAAUUCAGGGACAUGGUGAACAGGUGCAACAACGUUGGUGUCCGCAUCUAUGUGGAUGCUGUCAUUAAUCACAUGUGUGGAGUGGGGGCUCAAGCUGGACAAAGUAGUACAUGUGGAAGUUAUUUCAACCCAAAUAACAGGGACUUUCCUGGAGUUCCAUAUUCUGGUUUUGACUUUAAUGAUGGAAAAUGUAGAACUGCAAGUGGAGGUAUCGAGAACUACAAAGAUGCUGCUCAGGUCAGAGAUUGUCGUCUGUCUGGCCUUUUAGAUCUUGCACUUGAGAAAGAUUAUGUUCGUACCAAGGUGGCUGACUAUAUGAACCAUCUCAUUGACAUUGGUGUAGCAGGGUUCAGACUUGAUGCUUCUAAGCACAUGUGGCCUGGUGACAUAAAGGCAAUUUUGGACAAACUGAAUAAUCUCAAUACAAGAUGGUUCUAUCAAGGAAGCAGACCUUUCAUUUAUCAAGAGGUGAUUGAUCUUGGUGGUGAGGCAGUGUCAAGUAAUGAGUAUUUUGGAAAUGGCCGUGUGACAGAAUUCAAAUAUGGAGCAAAAUUGGGCAAAGUUAUGCGCAAGUGGGAUGGAGAAAAGAUGUCCUACUUAAAGAACUGGGGAGAAGGUUGGGGUUUGAUGCCUUCUGACAGAGCCCUUGUGUUUGUGGACAACCAUGACAAUCAGCGAGGACAUGGUGCUGGGGGAGCAUCCAUCCUGACAUUCUGGGAUGCUAGACUCUAUAAAAUGGCUGUUGGUUUUAUGUUGGCUCAUCCUUAUGGCUUCACACGGGUAAUGUCAAGUUACUAUUGGCCAAGAAAUUUCCAGAAUGGAAAAGAUGUCAAUGACUGGGUCGGACCACCAAAUAAUAAUGGAAACACCAAAGAAGUGAGCAUUAACUCAGACAGCACUUGUGGCAAUGACUGGGUCUGUGAACAUCGAUGGCGUCAAAUAAGGAACAUGGUUGCCUUCAGAAAUGUCGUCAAUGGUCAGCCUUUUGCAAACUGGUGGGAUAAUAACAGCAACCAAGUAGCUUUUGGCAGAGGAAACAAAGGAUUCAUUGUCUUUAACAAUGAUGACUGGGCUUUGUCAGAAACUUUACAGACUGGUCUUCCUGCUGGCACAUACUGUGAUGUCAUUUCUGGAGAUAAAGUCGAUGGCAAUUGCACUGGAAUAAAAGUCUAUGUUGGCAGUGAUGGCAAAGCUCACUUUUCUAUUAGUAAUUCUGCUGAAGACCCAUUUAUUGCAAUCCAUGCAGAGUCAAAAAUAUAAAAUUUAAAAUAAACACAUAUUGAGAGCAUCAA